CUUCCAGUCUUUGCAGCACUGACCAGCUCUAGUCGGUACUCAUUAAAAUUGGGGAUUCCAUCUGUAACAGCUUUGAAAGGUCAACACUGAAAGAACCAUGAAUGAAGCACAGCAUGAUUCAGCGCGGUCGAGUGGAAAUGUUAGAGGUAUAGUGACCAGUGCCUUACUCUGGUGGACCAUGGGUGUUUUAUUUCUUUCAUUUGCACACAUGCCUGUUGCCCAGGCUGAUUGUUGGUUAAUUGAAGGAGAGAAGGGUUUCGUCUGGCUGGCAAUCUGCAGCCAGAACCAGCCACCAUACGAAUCUAUCCCGUUACACAUUAACAGCACUAUAGUUGAUCUGCGAUUAAACGAAAAUAAGAUUCGGAGCAUCCAUUUUUCCUCUCUGAGCCGCUUCAGCAACCUCACUUACCUGAACUUGACCAAGAAUGACAUCUCGUACAUAGAAGACGGCGCAUUCUCCGCCCAGUUCAAUCUGCAAGUACUGCAGGUUGGUUUUAACAAGCUAAGGAACUUGACUGAGGGGAUGCUGCGAGGCUUGGGGCGUCUUCAGUACCUCUACCUUCAGGCUAACCAGAUUGAGACUGUCUCACCUAAUGCCUUCUGGGAAUGUCCUGCUAUUGAGAACAUUGACCUUUCCAUGAACAGGAUUCAGCAGUUGGAUGGAAACACAUUCAAUGGCCUAUCAAAACUAACAACCUGUGAACUCUACUCGAACCCUUUCAGUUGCUCCUGUGAGUUACUGGGAUUUUUGCGCUGGUUUGCAGCGUUCCCCAACAGGACGAGCGAAAGGAUGGUUUGCGAUACACCAGCAGGUUUUUCUGGAUAUAGUCUCCUAAGCCAGAAUCCAAGGAUGCCAACUUUCCGGAAUGCAUUCCACGCCCUUUCUACCGUCUGUACAGAUGAUUACGUGACGCCUUAUCUUCUUGGAUCUUCAGACGGGGGCACACCAACAAUCCUGCCAGACCUCAGCCCAUGUGGAUUAGAAGACUGCCCUUCAGGGACACUUCCAGACGAGCCUAUUAGUUUUAGCCCGACAUAUUUUGACCCAGACGCCCGGCCAGUCAUGAGGCUUAAAGAGGUGACACAAGCAAGUGCAGUCAUAAUUGUCCAAAUUCCGAAACCCUACAGCAAGAUGUACAUCCUUGUCCUCUACAACAACAGCUUUUUCACAGAUAUACAGCCUCUAAACAGCCAAAGGGAAGAGAUUCAGUUGCUGAACCUAAAAUCCCAUACAGAGUACACAUACUGUGUGGCAUCCAUCCGCAAUUCUCUAAGAUAUAACCAUACUUGCUUGGCCAUCUCCACCGGUACAAUUCAAAAGCAGGUCCCAAAUGACUCAACUGCUACUCACUAUAUCAUGACCAUACUGGGCUGCUUUUUUGGAAUGCUUAUUAUACUGGGUGUGGUGUAUCACUGUCUAAGAAAACGCAAACAGCAUGACGACCCAAAAAGCAAGAAGUUCGAGAAGAUGAAAAGAGAUUUAAUCGAGAUGAAAUAUGGAGCAGAACUUGAAGGUGGAAGUCAGCUAUCACAGAAACAAAUGAUGCCCACUGGUGAAGCCCUUCAAAGGAUGCCAUAUUUGCCAGCUCCCAGUGAAACAGACCAGUACAAGGUUCAGGAGAUGAUGGGCACACCAAAAACAACAAAAGGAAACUACAUAGAGGUGAGGUCAGAUCAGUCUGAUCGACUGAUCGAAAGCGCUCCACCUUCCGAGAACAGCCAGGGAUCUGUGGCGGAGAUUUCCACGAUUGCAAAGGAAGUGGACAAAGUGAAUCAGAUUAUCAAUAACUGCAUCGAUGCGCUCAAAUCUGAAUCCGUAUCCUUUCAGGCCGUGAAAUCUGGCGCUGUAUCAACAGCCGAGCCUCAGUUGGUGCUCAUUUCGGAGCACCCACCAGGCAAGUCUAACCUACUGUCACCGGUCUAUAAAGGUGGCUACCAUCAUCCCCUACAGAGGCACCACAGCAUGGAAGCUCCACUCAAGCGUACCAGCACAUCCUCAAGUGGUUCAAUCCGCAGCCCUCGAUCUUUCAGAUCCGACGGUGCCUAUCGAUCAGAGUCCAAGUACAUUGAGAAAUCUUCGCUGGAUGAGUCGGGGAUCCUGACAGUUACCCCUGCUGCAGCAAUACUUAAAUCAGAGGCAGAGAGAAUGCAGCACUACAGUGAGCACAGGCACUCAUACCCUGGCCCCCACCACGUAGAGGAGCCGCUGGAGGUUUCUGCGAGCCGGAAGUCAUCUGUCUUUGAGCCACUGACCCAUUCAAGGCCACGUGAGCUCUCAUAUUCACAGCUUUCACCACAGUACCACAACUUCAGUGGCUACUCCAGCCCGGAAUACGGCUGUCGACCAUCCCUUAGUCUGUGGGAACGAUUCAAACUCCAUCGCAAACGCCACCGGGACGAAGAUGAGUACAUGGCCGCGGGGCACGCAUUGCGAAGAAAAGUACAGUUUGCUAAAGACGAGGACCUACAUGAUAUCCUCGACUACUGGAAGGGUGUGUCUGCCCAGCAGAAAUUAUGAUUGCUUAUUU